UAAUUCCUCCAAAGAUGAUUUUUUCCAUAUUUUACGGAAUUCUCUUCUUGAAUCUCGGAUUUGCUUUCAAAUUAACGAAUUACAUAACAGGAGGAAAUCCAGCUGAGAAAAAUCAAUUUUUUGUAUCAAUUCGAGAUAAAAAUGUCGAUGAAAAGAAUUUUGGAAAAGGUCACAUUUGUGGCGGAACAUUGCUUCAUGAUGGAAACGCAGUUCUAACAGCAGCUCAUUGUCUCUUCUAUACGAUUCAUGGAAAUUUGAAACGAUAUAACGCGAAUGAGUUAAUAACUGUCAUGGGAACGCAGGAUUUACGAGAAGCUAAUGGAGCUGUAAUUGAGCAAGUGACGAAAAUUGACAUUCAUGAAAACUAUACGAAAAGUGUUACGAAGAAUCAGAAUGAUAUUGCCGUGCUAUGGAUAACGAAUAGUAAAGAAAAUGACAGAAAAGGAUUGGAUUUGAUAAAGAGAAAAACUGAACCUAAUGAAAUUUGUAUGAUUUUUGGACAUGGAAGUGUAAAUUUAACGAACAAGGAAUUAUCGAAUCAACUUUUGACAGCAAACGUUACAGUAAUUGAUAUGAGCAUUUGUAAUGGAACAAGAAGUUAUAAUGGAAGUAUAUCAGAAGGAUUGAUUUGUGCAGGAAGUUUAGAUGGAGAAGUUGAUGUUUGUCCAGGGGAUGGCGGAGGUCCUCUUGUUUGUAAUGGAUUAUUAGCAGGAAUUAUUUCAUGGGGAUCAGGAUGCGGAAAAAUUAAUUAUCCAGGAGUAUAUGUUGACGUUGGAUUUUAUGGAAAUUGGAUAAAAGAAAUAUUGGAAGAAGAAGAAACAGAGACGACUACUGAAGGUUUGGAGACAACAUCAGAUGAAGAAACAUCGAGUUCAGAGGAAACUUCAAGUUCAAAGGAGACAUCGAGUUCAGAGGAAACAUCGAGUUCAGAGGAGACAUCGAGUUCAGAAGAAACAUCGAGUUCAGGAGAAUUAACUACGACAACUGAAGAUUUUGAAACAACUAUAAUAGAAGAAACAACUACAGAAGAAGAACCAACGACUUCAGAAACGACAGAAGAAACAACUACAGAAGAAGAAUCAACGACUUCUGUUACAGAUACAGAAGAAGAAUCAACGACUUCUGUUACAGAUCCUUCAACUGAAACGACAUCGAGUUCAGAAGAAACAACUACAGAAGAAGAAUCAACGACUUCUGUUACAGAUCCUUCUACAGAGACGACAUCGAGUUCAGAAGAAACAACUACAGAAGAAGAAUCAACGACUUCUGUUACAGAUCCUUCAACUGAGAGUUCAGAAGAAACAACUACAGAAGAAGAAUCAACGACUUCAGAAACGACAGAAGAAACAACUACAGAAGAAGAAUCAACGACUUCUGUUACAGAUCCUUCAACUGAAACGACAUCGAGUUCAGAAGAAACAACUACAGAAGAAGAAUCAACGACUUCAGAAACGACAGAAGAAACAACUACAGAAGAAGAAUCAACGACUUCUGUUACAGAUCCUUCAACUGAAACGACAAAGAAACAACUACAGAAGAAGAAUCAACGACUUCAGAAGAAACAACUACAGAAGAAGAAUCGAACGAAGAAACAGAAGAAGAAUCAACAGAAGAAACAACUUCAGAAACGACAUCGAACAGAAGAAGAAUCAACGACUUCUGUUACAGAUCCUUCAACUGAAACGACAUCGAGUUCAGAAGAAACAACUACAGAAGAAGAAUCAACGACUACAGAAACGACAGAAGAAACAACUACAGAAGAAGAAUCAACGACUUCUGUUACAGAUCCUUCAACAGAGACGACAUCGAGUUCAGAAGAAUCAACUACAGAAGAAGAAUCAACGACUUCUGUUACAGAUCCUUCUACUGAAACGACAUCGAGCUCAGAAGAAACAACUACAGAAGAAGAAUCAACGACUUCAGAAACGACAGAACAAACAACUACAGAAGAAGAAUCAACGACUUCUAGACGACAUCGAGUUCAGAAGAAACAACUACAGAAGAAGAAUCAACGACUUCAGAAACGACAGAAGAAACAACUACAGAAGAAGAAUCAACGACUUCAGAAACGACAGAAGAAACAACUACAGAAGAAGAAUCAACGACUUCUGUUACAGAUCCUUCAACUGAAACGACAUCGAGUUCAGAAGAAACAACUACAGAAGAAGAAUCAACGACUUCAGAAACGACAGAAGAAACAACUACAGAAGAAGAAUCAACGACUUCUGUUACAGAUCCUUCAACAGAGACGACAUCGAGUUCAGAAGAAACAACUACAGAAGAAGAAUCAACGACUUCAGAAACGACAGAAGAAACAACUACAGAAGAAGAAUCAACGACUUCUGUUACAGAUCCUUCAACACAAACGAAAUCGAGUUCAGAAGAAACAACGACUUCUGUUACAGAUCCAUCAACAUAGACGACAUCAGAAGAAAAGACGACAUCGAGUUCAGAAGAAACAACUACAGAAGAAGAAUCAACGACUUCAGAAACGACAGAAGAAACAACUACAGAAGAAGAAUCAACGACUUCAGAAACGACAGAAGAAACAACUACAGAAGAAGAAUCAACGAGUUCAGAAACGACAGAAGAAACAACGACUUCUGUUACAGAUCCUUCAACUGAAACGACAUCGAGUUCAGAAGAAACAACUACAGAAGAAGAAUCAACGACUUCAGAAACGACAGAAGAAACAACUACAGAAGAAGAAUCAACGACUUCUGUUACAGAUCCUUCUACAGAGACGACAUCGAGUUCAGAAGAAACAACUACAGAAGAAGAAUCAACGACUUCAGAAACGACAGAAGAAACAACUACAGAAGAAGAAUCAACGAGUUCAGAAACGACAGAAGAAACAACGACUUCUGUUACAGAUCCUUCAACUGAAACGACAUCGAAAUCAACGACUUCUGUUACAGAUCCUUCUACAGAGACGACAUCGAGUACAGAAGAAACAACUACAGAAGAAGAAUCAACGACUUCAGAAACGACAGAACAAACAACUACAGAAGAAGAAUCAACGACUUCUGUUACAGAUCCUUCAACAGAGACGACAUCGAAAACGACAGAAGAAACAACUACAGAAGAAGAAUCAACGACUUCUGUUACAGAUCCUUCAACUGAAACGACAUCGAGUUCAGAAGAAACAACUACAGAAGAAGAAUCAACGACUUCUGUUACAGAUCCUUCAACAGAGACGACAUCGAGUUCAGAAGAAACAACUACAGAAGAAGAAUCAACGACUUCAGAAACGACAGAAGAAACAACUACAGAAGAAGAAUCAACGACUUCUGUUACAGAUCCUUCUACAGAGACGACAUCGAGUUCAGAAGAAACAACUACAGAAGAAGAAUCAACGACUUCAGAAACGACAGAAGAAACAACUACAGAAGAAGAAUCAACGACUUCUGUUACAGAUCCUUCAACUGAAACGACAUCGAGUUCAGAAGAAACAACUACAGAAGAAGAAUCAACGACUUCUGUUACAGAUCCUUCAACUGAAACGACAUCGAGUUCAGAAGAAACAACUACAGAAGAAGAAUCAACGACUUCAGAAACGACAGAAGAAACAACUACAGAAGAAGAAUCAACGACUUCUGUUACAGAUCCUUCUACAGAGACGACAUCGAGUUCAGAAGAAACAACUACAGAAGAAGAAUCAACGACUUCAGAAACGACAGAAGAAACAACUACAGAAGAAGAAUCAACGACUUCAGAAACGACAGAAGAAACAACUACAGAAGAAGAAUCAACGAGUUCAGAAACGACAGAAGAAACAACGACUUCUGUUACAGAUCCUUCAACUGAAACGACAUCGAGUUCAGAAGAAACAACUACAGAAGAAGAAUCAACGACUUCAGAAACGACAGAAGAAACAACUACAGAAGAAGAAUCAACGACUUCUGUUACAGAUCCUUCUACAGAGACGACAUCGAGUACAGAAGAAACAACUAUAGAAGAAGAAUCAACGACUUCAGAAACGACAGAAGAAACAACUACAGAAGAAGAAUCAACGACUUCUGUUACAGAUCCUUCUACAGAGACGACAUCGAGUUCAGAAGAAACAACUACAGAAGAAGAAUCAACGACUUCAGAAACGACAGAAGAAACAACUACAGAAGAAGAAUCAACGACUUCUGUUACAGAUCCUUCAACUGAAACGACAUCGAAGACGACAUCGAGUUCAGAAGAAACAACUACAGAAGAAGAAUCAACGACUUCUGUUACAGAUCCUUCUACAGAGACGACAUCGAGUUCAGAAGAAACAACUACAGAAGAAGAAUCAACGACUUCUGUUACAGAUCCUUCAACUGAAACGACAUCGAAAGAAGAAUCAACGACUUCUGUUACAGAUCCAUCAACAGAGACGACAUCAGAAGAAAGUUCGAGUUCAGAAGAAACAACUACAGAAGAAGAAUCAACGACUUCUGUUACAGAUGCUUCAACUGAAACGACAUCGAGUUCAGAAGAAACAACUACAGAAGAAGAAUCAACGACUUUUGUUACAGAUCCUUCAACUGAAACGACAUCGAGUUCAGAAGAAACAACUACAGAAGAAGAAUCAACGACUUCUGUUACAGAUCCAUCAACAGAGACGACAUCAGAAGAAAGUUCGAGUUCAGAAGAAACAACUACAGAAGAAGAAUCAACGACAUCGAGUUCAGAAGAAACAACUACAGAAGAAGAAUCAACGACAUCGAGUUCAGAAGAAACAACUACAGAAGAAGAAUCAACGACUUCUGUUACAGAUCCUUCAACAGAGACGACAUCGAGUUCAGAAGAAACAACUACAGAAGAAGAAUCAACGACUUCUGUUACAGAUCCUUCAACUGAAACGACAUCGAGUUCAGAAGAAACAACUACAGAAGAAGAAUCAACUUCUUCUGUUACAGAUCCGACUUCUGUUACAGAUCCUUCAACAGAGACGACAUCGAAAACGACAGAAGAAACAACUACAGAAGAAGAAUCAACGACUUCAGAAACGACAGAAGAAUCAACGACUUCUGUUACAGAUCCUUCAACUGAAACGACAUCGAGUUCAGAAGAAACAACUACAGAAGAAGAAUCAACGACUUCAGAAACGACAGAAGAAACAACUACAGAAGAAGAAUCAACGAGUUCAGAAACGACAGAAGAAUCAACGACUUCUGUUACAGAUCCUUCAACUGAAACGACAUCGAGUUCAGAAGAAACAACUACAGAAGAAGAAUCAACGACUUCAGAAACGACAGAAGAAACAACUACAGAAGAAGAAUCAACGAGUUCAGAAACGACAGAAGAAUCAACGACUUCUGUUACAGAUCCUUCAACAGAGACGACAUCGAGUUCAGAAGAAACAACUACAGAAGAAGAAUCAACGACUUCAGAAACGACAGAAGAAACAACUACAGAAGAAGAAUCAACGACUUCUGUUACAGAUCCUUCAACAGAGACGACAUCGAGUUCAGAAGAAACAACUACAGAAGAAGAAACAACGACUUCUGUUACAGAUCCUUUAA